GCCAAGUGGUUGAGAAAUGGAGUCUAGGAGGUUCUUUUCCCAGUUUUUCCCUGACUGUCGAUGGGACCACAGACAAAUCGCUCCCCCUUUCUGUGCCUCAGUUCUCCCAUCUGUAAAAUGGGGGUGCUAUCCAGUUUGUAAAGAAGCAGGGCUGAGAAUGCACUGGGUGUAGCAUUAGGACCCAGUGGUGCAAUCAUGUUGGAGGUAGGAGCUACUUGUCCCAUUUUGGAGCUUUUAGACCAGACAGAAGAGAUCAAGGCAUUUGGAAAGGACCGAACCGGCACAUAGAUCCCAAACUGACUUCCCAAAGCUCAUCCAACUACCUCCUGAGCAGCUUCGCUCCUCCCCGCUGCCCCCCGUGACCAUGAGAGCCCUCUGUCUCAUCCUGCUGUGUCUGCCAGCAGUGCUCCUGGCCCAGGGACAGUACGAUCUCGAAGGACCUCCUUAUCUUGACCAGCUGCAGUAUUCCCAGUACGACCCUCAGUUAGACAAUCAAGAUUACUAUGACUAUCAAGAUGUCACCCAGAGCUCUCCCGAAGAGCAGUUCCAGUACCAGUCCCAGCAACAGACCCAGCAGGAGAUCAUCCCAGCGCCAACCCCAGAUUUUCCCGAGACCGAACCCACAGAACCUGGACCUCUUGAUUGCCGGGAGGAGCAGUAUCCCUGCACUAGGCUCUACUCAGUCCACAAGCCCUGCAAGCAGUGCCUGAAUGAGAUCUGCUUCUACAGCCUUCGCCGGGUGUACGUUAUUAACAAGGAAAUCUGUAUCCGUACUGUGUGCGCCCACGAAGAGCUGCUCCGAGCUGACCUGUGUCGCGACAAGUUCUCCAAAUGCAGCGUGCUGGCAACCAGUGGCCUCUGCCAGACCAUGGCUACCUCCUGCGCCAGAAGCUGCGGCGGCUGCUAAGGCUGGACGGCGGAUGCCACAGCAGACGCACAGGCCACCAUUCUGCUGUCUCCAGGCCAGGCCAAGCCGACCCAGAGGAACGUUCUUUCCCCGGAGCUACCUUCCGUCUGCCCCGGUAGAAUAACAUUGUCAUUGUGCUCAUGAAAUCAAUGGUGCUAAGGAAACAUGGUGCAUGAAACAGCAUAGAAGUCCAUUUUGUGCACAUAAUAUAGGGAUUUUUAUGGGGUUUUUUUUAUUACUUUUUAUUGUUUUGGAAGAGUUACCGGCAGGGGCUGGGCUGAGCCAGUGCAGUCUGAUUGGACUCAGCUGGCGCAGGCCAGCCCAGCCGGGCUGCUGGCUCCAUUUAUAUGUAGAGAACAAGAGUAAGAAGUUGUCUGAAUUUCUGGUCUCUCCCCCCACUUCCUCCCACCCACCCUUUUGGUGCUUUCUUAGACCGUUGCCCUUGUUUCGCCUUCCUCCUACUCCUCCAACUUUCCAGUGGAUUUGGUGGAUGCUGCUUAAUUCCUUCGUUUGGACCAGGGUGCAGUUCGAAGCUCGUGCUGGCCCAAGGGUCUAUUUUUUAGGGGCCCAUCUGGCCCCCAAGUUGUGCCAGGCUUGUUCAACUCUGUAGCUUGCCACAAUGCUGCCGGAAUUGGGCUCUACCUGCUGCGCCCCCCACCCCACUCUGCCUCAUGCCCCAGUCUCCUUGUGAACGUGCCAAGGGGCUCAGUGGCAGCUUGGCCUAUGCCCCAAUUCGCCUCUGCUCAAGUGUCAGGAGAGCACCGCUUGUUACCUGCCCCACUGCGACUGCAGUGAGGGAACCAGCGGCUCGGCUGAAGAUGUCUGAGCUGGGUAUGUCGUUCUGCACCAGAGGCAGCCCGGGGCGUAUUUUAGCAGCUGGCAGUUUCAUCUUUGGGUACUGCUGCAGAGACGGGAGAAGCCCAUUCUCAGUGCAGGGACCUGGGAUCCCACUGGGGAGAUGACAGGCUAGAGAGGUCAGCUGCCAGCACAAAUAACUUCCACCCACUGCAGCCAACCUUCAGAAACUCAGGCCCUGAAGCACCAGCUGAGCUGGGAUGAUGCUGGUGCCUGCUCCCACCUGGUCCAGGCCAUUCCUUCCUUGGAAAGAGAAUACCUCUUUUGAGGUAGAUGCUGCACAGGUGGGUGGGUGGAGGCCAUCUCCCUCGUGCUUUGCCAAAGUCAGCCCUUUUCAGCGGCGGAGUUUAACCUUUUCCCUGAGCUCUUGCUCCUUCAUCUCUCUGCUUCCUCGGACGGGUGUUAGCUCACCCAUAUCACUCCCGGCCAUGUCUGACCACCUGCAGGGGAGCUUUGCGGUCUGCUGAAAAAUCAUUGGCCGUCUCUGCAUCACCAAGCCAGGCAUCUGUCACUCUUGCAGCUCCAUACCUGACCCAACUGGGGGUGCCCUCACCUCCUGCCCUUCGAGCCAGGUAUUUAGAGUUACCGGGCUCAGCAUUUCUGUGUGUAAAUGAUUUAGGUACCUAAAUCCCAUUGACAAAGAGAUUUAGGCUCCUAAAUAGCAAUGCUGAGUGCAGCAACCGCUAAAUAGCUUUUUAAAAAAACUGGGCCACUGAUGGAGAUGUCACCCUGACUGCAUGCAGUGAACUUUCCAGUACCCCUGGCUCCAAGGGCUUAGCGCGGCCCCAAAGCGCUGCAUUCCCCUCGGCUGGUCUGGUUCGCUUGCAUUCGCUGUAGCUCUGUACGGAUAAUUUCUUCUUUUUUUUUUGUACAAAACAAAUGUUUAAAAAAAAUAA